ACGACUCUCUCAUUGGUUGCGCUCCAUGCGCGUUCAAUUACUCGCUCACACUGCAUCAGAAUUAACAGGAGAAUAUAGCGUCUACCAAGGAAGCUGAACUGAUAUUUCGUGUGUUUACAUAUUCUGUAUUUAUUUAUUAACUUAUUUCUAUUUAACAGUUUUGUAUCCAUCGUGAUCAUCCAGGUCAUUUUUAAGUGGUUGUAAUUGAUUGGAAAUGGAAGAAAGAUGUCGUCCAAUGUUGCUGUGCAGUGUUCUUGCUCUGUUCUGUGCGCUGGUGUCCUCAGCUGUGGACAGACAGUAUCUGAACGAAUGGGCGGUGGAGAUACCAGGAGGACUCGACAAUGCCCGAUCCAUCGCCGACGAGCUCGGCUACGAUUUAGUCCGAAAGAUUGGGGCACUGGAAAACCAUUAUUUAUUCAAGCGGCACAGUCACCCUAGCAGGACCAAAAGAAGUGCGGCUCAUAUCACCAAACGUCUGUCAGAAGAUGACAGGGUGUCUUGGGCUGAACAGCAGUAUGAGAAACAGAGGGCCAAACGCGCCCCGCUGGGGGCCGAAUGUAAGGACUGCUCGGUGGACAAACUCUUCGAUGACCCCAUGUGGAACCAACAGUGGUAUCUGCAAGACACCCGGACGUCAUCAUCCCUCCCCAAACUGGACCUGCACGUGAUCCCGGUCUGGAAGAAAGGCAUUACGGGCAAAGGAGUGGUCAUCACCGUGCUGGAUGACGGUCUGGAGUGGAACCACACCGACAUUUACCCUAACUAUGAUCCUGCUGCUAGCUAUGAUUUUAACGCCAACGAUCCCGAUCCCUUUCCCAGAUACGACUCCACUAAUGAAAACAAGCAUGGUACCAGAUGUGCCGGAGAGAUUGCCAUGCAAGCAGACAACAACAAAUGUGGCGUUGGAGUGGCCUACAACUCAAAAGUGGGAGGGAUACGAAUGCUGGAUGGAAUCGUGACAGAUGCCAUCGAAGCCAGUUCUAUUGGCUUUAACCCUGAUCACGUCGACAUCUACAGUGCUAGCUGGGGCCCUAAUGAUGACGGAAAGACAGUGGAGGGACCCGGGCGUCUGGCCCAGAAAGCUUUUGAGUACGGUAUCCAGAAGGGUCGUGGUGGGAAGGGCUCCAUUUUCGUCUGGGCAUCUGGUAACGGUGGUCGUCAGGGCGACAACUGCGAUUGUGAUGGAUACACAGACAGUCUCUACACCAUCUCCAUCAGCAGCGCAUCCCAGCAGGGUUUGUCUCCCUGGUACGCUGAGAAAUGCUCCUCUACGCUGGCCACGGCCUACAGCAGCGGAGACUACACCGACCAGAGGAUUACUAGUGCAGAUUUGCACAAUGAAUGCACAGAGACACACACUGGCACGUCUGCAUCUGCCCCGUUGGCUGCUGGGAUAUUUGCUUUGGCUUUGGAGCAAAAUCCUGAUCUGACCUGGCGAGACCUUCAGCACUUGGUGGUUUGGACGUCUGAGUUUGAUCCCCUGGCUAAUAACCCAGGUUGGAAAAGGAAUGGAGCUGGAUUGAUGGUCAACAGUCGGUUUGGGUUUGGCCUCCUGAACGCCAAAGCCCUAGUAGACUUGGCCGAUCCCAAAAUCUGGAAACACGUUCCGGAAAAGAAACAGUGUAUUGUCAGAGAUGAGACAUUCCAACCAAGACCAUUGAAGGCUGCAGGUGAAAUAUCCAUUGAGAUCCCCACUAAGGCCUGUGCAGGACAGGUGAAUUCUAUUGUAUCUUUGGAGCAUGUGCAGGUGGAGGUCAGCAUUGAGUACACACGGAGAGGAGACCUACACAUCACACUAACGUCUCCGUCAGGUACCACCACAGUCCUGCUGGCAGAGAGAGAGAGGGACACGUCAGCCAACGGUUUCCGAAACUGGGCCUUCAUGUCCGUGCACACCUGGGGAGAAAACCCCACUGGCACUUGGACCCUGAAGAUUACAGACACGUCUGGACGGAUGGAGAAUGAGGGUCAGAUUAUCAACUGGAAGUUGAUUUUGCACGGGACAUCUGAGAAGCCAGAGCACAUGAAGAAGGCGAGGGUUUACAUGCCCUACAAUGCCGUACAAAAUGAUCGCAGAGGAGUGGAACCGAUGGAAGACAUGAUCAAGCAGGAAGCUCCGACUCCAGUUCACAAACCUGAAGAUUCAAGUCCAGUGGUCCCAGACUCACUCCCGUCUGCUGCUUCCAUCAGUGUCCCUGAAGAAAAUCCAGAAGCUCCAGGCUCCUCCACUGCCAAUCUGGCCCUGCUGCGUCUCCUCCAGUCAGCCUUCAACCUGGUUCCUCCCAAGACCUUUCCGUCCGAGAAGAUCCCCCCACAGAGGCUGUACCAGGCCCUCGACCGGCUAAACCGCUACAGGGGCUCUGAGAACGGCUUGUUCAGUGACUACAGCAACAACUUCUACAGAGCCCAACCGUACAGGCACAGAGACGACCGGCUGCUGCAGGCGCUAUUUGACAUGCUUGGAGACGACCAGCAGUGAGACAGGAAGAGUAGGUAAAAGAAGCGGGAUGCCCUGCUGAAAAGACUAGCUUAUGGUUCCCAUGCUGCUCUAGCAACAUGCUGUCCACCAGCAAAACCUGGAUUGUGAAUCUUUUGGUAGUGGAGCAGCAUGUUAAACUGGUCUUGGUGAUUAAACUGAGUGAGUUAUGCACUGCAACAUCUCAAACUAGCUGCUAUGCUAGUCUUUUCAGCAGGGCGAAGGGGCAAGAAAGGAAGUAAGCUGGCACACAGAGGAACUUGAAAUAAGAUGCGUUUUGUUCUCUUCCGGACAAGCUUGUUUUUAUCUGCACAUGUAGUUAUCAACUAUAAGAAUUCUACGGCCUGUGUCUGUCAGUGUGAGUGUUUGUAUAUCUGUGGUGAACAGCCAGCUGUAUUUAUCCCUCAGUUUUGAACCAGGUUGCUAAAAUAUAAAACCAACGACAGGACAAAUUAUGGCAUCUCGUGCCCUUUGCCCUUUUGAUGAUUUUUCUCAUGUUGCCUUCACUGCCACCAACCUUUGCAUGCUAUAAAACGUUUACAUUAGGAUGUUAUGAAAAUAUUGUACUAUAAAGACCGUGAUUGUAAAUUGUAACGAAAGUCUCAGUAAAUUGUAACUAAAGUCUUUGCAGAAUCAGUUUAAAGGGACAGUUCACCGAAAAAUGAAAAAUGUCAUUUAUUCACCCUCAUGUGUUUCCAAACAUUUA